ACCAGGUACCGGCCGAACCUGAAUAGGAUAAUGGCAUCGUCAUGCAGGAAAGCCACCUGCCCAGCCGGCGGUUCAGUCACACUGUCAACGAGGUGGACCGUAGCUUACAAAGCCAGCCGGUCCUUGUUCGCAUGGACACUUGCUAACGGCCAAGCUACAGCCAGAUGUAGGCUAAUGGAUAGCUCACUCCUUCAUCCUAAACUAAACUUUUGACAGCUAAACACCUAAAUCUAAUAAUAAGAGCUAUUGUGGAACUUACACUGCAGCUUGUCAAGCUACAACUUGUUACACAUAAGGCACUUAUACAAAAAAUACAGCCUACAUCAUGACUGGCACCAUCAUCGUCACUGGAGCAAAUGGCUCUCUUGCUAUCCCUGCUGUGAAGUAUCUUCUGGAGAAAUACCCUGACUAUACGGCAGUCUUGACUGUCCGCAACACAGAAGAUUCGGAUCAAAACACAAAAAGGCUGCGUGAGACGAUCGCGGGCUUUCCUAAAGCUGAGACAUCUAUCCGUCAGCUAGAUCUAGCUAACCUCAACGCUGUGCACGAAUUUGCUAGCACAAUUGCCACUGAAAUCACGGAAAAGAAGCUACCACCGCUUGCUAGCAUCAUCUGCAAUGCGUACUACUGGAAUUUAGCUCGCGAUCCCGAGUUCACGGCCGAUGGGGUUGAGACGACUAUCCAAGUGAACCACGUUUCUCAUGUCGCUUUGGUCCUCCGACUUCUUGGUAGCUUUGGACCCGAGGGUGGCCGUAUUAUGCUCUUCACUAGCGACGGACACUUCCCCGGAAAGAAUGGUCUAGAAAAAUACCCGCCAGGCAUCCCGGAUGACUUAGAUUCUUUGUUGAAGGCCUCUCCGGAUGCUGACAAACUCGGCCGUGGCUUCAAUAGAUAUGCGAACUCGAAACUAGCUAUCCUCAUGUGGGGAUUUGCGUUGAACAGGUAUCUCGAGAAGAACGAAGAAUUGCGCAAGAUCACCGCCAUCAUAAUUGACCCGGGUAAUCUAACUGACUCACGGGCGCUACGCACGAACACGCCCAAGUUUCUUCAGUACGUCCAAAGGUUUGCGCUACAACCGCUACGACCCGUUCUCCGCUAUGCAGAUCCGACCCUACGCACGACAGCGGAUGCUGCCGUAGAUGUUAUCGACCUUGCCACGAACACCGCGUUCCCAGGAGAGCGCGGUUACCUGAAGCAGUUGAAGAGAGACCCCAGCUCGCCAGACAGCUUAAAUGAGGAUAAGCAGCAAAAGUUGUGGACUAAGAGCGCCGAGUGGGCAAAGAUCACGAAGGAGAACACCGCUCUGGCGGAUAGUCUUUGAACGAGACAUAUUGAGAGAUGAAAGUAUAUGGAUAAAGCAAUGGGUUUGGAUUAAUCUUCAUAGGUUAUGAGAU